AUGAGUUCAGAUGAGUUCCUGGAAAUACUGCCGGGGACAGAGGUGAUGAAAGAUCACGAUGGCAUCCAUUUCAUUCAUGACCGGAACUCCACACAAGGCCUUAUUUUGCUUCCAACUCCGUCCGAGCAUGCCCAUGACCCGCUGAACUGGAGCAGACUCUGGAAAUUGGGUGCAAUCGCCAAUCAAGGAAUAUUUGUGAUUAUCAGCGUCGUGACGAAUCUCUCGAUUGCCCCUUUAACGCCAAUCUAUAUGAGCGAGUGGAACAAGUCAGUGUCACAGGUAGCGCUUCUGACUGGAGCAUGUAUCAUCGCCCUUGGAUAUGCAAAUUUCAUCAUUGUCCCUGCCUCAGAUAUCUUUGGGCGUCGAAUAACUACCCUUAGUUGCGGCAUUAUAUGCAUUGCAGCUAACAUAUGGUCGGCAACCGCAACAUCAUAUCAGUCAUUUCUUGGUGCUCGUAUACUUGGUGGACUUGGUGCGGCUGCUAAUGAGAGCAUUAUGACUAUGGUCGUGGCAGAUAUUUUUUUCCUCCAUGAACGUGGUUCAUACAUUGGACUAUACUUUUGGUGCUAUUUCAUGGGGCUCUUUGUUGGACCGAUCAUUUCCGGCAAUAUUGCUGCUCACGUCUCCUGGAGAUGGUUCUUCUGGGCUUGUACAAUAGCUCAAUUUCUCAAUGUCAUUGUUAUGGCGGCGCUCUUUCCGGAAUCACGCCGGCCACAUGAGAUGCAGAUUUUGCAGAUAGCUCCCGCCCAGUCUUCGGAAGGGUUAACUGAGGAAGAGAAGGGACUAUCAAGUCAGGUUGAAGCUACUAAUGAGACCAUCCUAGCGGACAAAUACCUCGGCCGCGGAAAGCCCAACAGGAGUCAAUUCAGCCCUUUCCAACCUAUUGAUCAUCAGGCGGCAAAAGCUAUAUUUCGACAUAUCGUAACGCCUGUUCAGAUUUUCUUCUUUCCUAUUGUCCUGUGGGCAGCAAUGUCCAUGGGCGCAGCCGCCAAUGCGUUGCUCGCAGUUAACCUAACACAAUCGCAAGGUCUUUCAGCGCCUCCGUACAACUGGUCUCCGGGGAGUGUAGGAUUCGCCAACUUUGCACUUGUCGGCGGAGGUGUUAUAGGUCUGGCCAUUGCUGGUCCAUGGUCGGACUUAGUAAUCAUGCGGGCAACGAAGAAGAACAACGGAAUUAGAGAACCAGAAAUGAGACUGGCAGCGUUGUAUCCGUUUAUUGCAGCAGCGCUAGUCGGCUUGGUUAUUAUUGGAGUUGGAUACGAUCGACAUUGGCCCUGGCAAGUUAUUGUGGUGCUAGGUUUUGGUCUCGUUGGCGUCCAAGUUGUCAGCAUCCCGACGAUUGCAAUUACUUAUGCAAUUGAUUGCUAUAAACCUAUCGCUGGCCAGAUCAUGGCUAUAUCGACCGUCUGUAAGAAUACUUUUGGGUUCGGAAUGACCUAUUACUACAACGACUGGGUAGUAACUUCUGGAUUCACACCGCCACUCAUGAUGAUUAUGGCCUUGACCGUAGGGUUCUCACUUGUUGGAACUAUUCUAUUUCCAUAUUUUGGCAAGAGUCUGCGCAGGUGGACUCGAGCUUCGAAGGUCCACAGCUUUUAA